AUGCUUGUCGCUCUGACUGCAGCAGCAGCCUACUAUAACCUGCCCAAGUUGUGCGAUACCGUCAACAGUGUCAUCCAACAAGAAUAUGUCAAAAAGUUGCCAACACUGUCAUUGGCCGUCUUGGAAGCUUGUGCUCAAGAACGCCCCGCAAUAUCCAACAAUUUGCUGGAGUUGGCCUUGACGAACGUUCGGCAUAACAAAUUUGAUGUGUUGAAUCAAGGCGUUUUGGGCUCUUUGAGCUCACCUGUCUUGACACAAAUCCUCAGCGAUGAAAAGUCCCUGGUUACAGAAUACAAGCGCUUCAAAAUGGUUCACUUGUGGUCACAAGGUGCCUCGGAACGAGAGGAAAACCGGCUGGAAGUUGCAAAAAUGUUGGUGAAGAAACACCUGAAGCUGCAAUUUAUCAAUCCUGAGGCAUUGUCAAAUUCUGUUGCUCCAUCUGGGCUUGUUGAUAUUCAGCACCUGGCAGAAGCGUACAAACAGCAAGCCAUAAAAGCAAAAAGAACGUUUGGAGCAUCCUUUGAAAAGCCAUUUUGUCUCCCUGAGCCAGUCUGGAUUGGAAGCAACUCAAACCGAUUUGAUCUACCAUAUUCCUCGUGGAAGAGCGACAAACUGGCAAGUCCAACCCUUGUCAACGGUUGCAAAUAUGAGUGGACUAUUAACACCGAGAUGCCACAGAGUUAUUAUUCACAGAAUAAUAGUAUCAUGAUUGGCAUAGCAAAGUCAUCUGCAGUGUUUAACGACGGCGAACAUUGUGGUCAGCAAGCAUCAUGCUGGGCUUUCUCCGGAUACAAUGGACAGGUGUGGGAGUGUGGAAGUAAUACUGGAGAAGUUCGAAGUGCUUCAAGGAAUGCUUCAAGGUUUCCAUUGAGGUUAAUAAGCGAAGAGCGCCAUUGUGUUGGUUUAAAAGAGCUAAGCCAGUUAAGGCCGCCGACAAUGGAUUGGUAUGCCUUCACGAGAAGUGGUUUCUCGGAAGGAUCGAUGCCAUCGUGUUCGACUCGAUCGAUUGGGAGGCCACUGCGAUAG